AUGUACGAUGCUCUAGUCCAAAAAGGGACUCUGAGGCAUGACCCAAGGCAGCGGGAGAUGGCACAGGCAUGCACACCACUGUUAAAAUAUAUCCAUUCGCUAGAAGAGACGGGUUUGGAUACAAGUGGCCCUGCUUCACCUGACCAUACCGCACCUGGUAUUAUGGAUGUUAUAAACGAGAAACUUAUGCGCCUGCGAUCUUGGGCUCGGCGACAUGCAUUCCCCGACCGGGUGACACAGGACGUGGGCGUCCACUGGCCAGAGAAUAUGGGUGUUGAACGCAAAACAGGUAUUUACAUGUGGGGAAGCAUUGGCAUUGGCAAGACUGUGAUUUUGGAUCUUUUUGAGCUUAGUGAAACGCCUGGCUGGCGGAAGCGUCGGACACAUUUGCACUCCUUUAUGUCGGAUAUUGUCAUUCGACUGCACAGGGCGGAGGUGACAGCGCCAAAGGACCAGAAAGUGUCUCCCAUCAAUUGCGUGGUGGAGGACGUGCUGCGUGAGUCCCCGAUUCUCUGCCUUGAUGAGUUCCAGACAUUUGACGUGACACAUGCGGCACUAUUGGCGUCGUUUUUUUCUCGGGCCCUACCACGAGGGUUGAUUCUCUUCACGACGAGUAAUCGUCCACCACAUGAGUUGGCCCAUAUCUCAGCCGCAUGUGAGCACUUCCUCCCAAUGUUGUGGCGCUACUGCGACGUGGUCCACUGUGGUGGCAUCAACGACUAUAGGGAGAACGCGUCACGUAGCUAUCACGAUGUCAUAUUUCUUUAUCCAAAUACCAUGGGAAACGCGAAGCAGCUUAUUCAACGCGUGGAACGGGGAUUUACGGGCAAUCGGGCAUGGGAGCUGGAUUCAAGUAUCUGGCUAUACGGACGGGAACUUGUUGUGCCACUUCAUUGUGGAGGUGUGGCGCUGUUUGAGUUUGCGCACAUCUGCGGUUUCCUCGGCCCCCCCGAUUUUCAGUGCAUCGCCAAAUCGUUUCACACCGUUAUCAUCCUGAACAUCCCACACGUUGCUGCUGUGAGCAAGAACGCCGCGCAGCAGUUUGUUAUUUUAGUGGAUGAGUUGUACCAGCACAAUGUGAAACUGCUCUUUACAAGCGAGGUGCCGUGGGAGCGGCUCGUUGACGCUGGGACAACCGCAGUUGGAGGCAGCGGGGCAGACCUCUGCUACAGCGAAGGGGAAGACGAACGCAGCGGUUAUGCUGCCCAUUAUGAGUUUUGCAACGCAGAAGAGGUGUUGAGUUUUCACCGCAUUGCCUGUCGAUUAAAGGAGAUGGGUUGCAAACACUAUUUGCUGCGGGACCAUAGUCAGUUUUUGAUAUCGGACUACAAUCUUGCUGUUUUGAUGGAGUGA